GGAGUUGUAGUUCUAGUGGCACCCGGGCUGCCUAGCGGGCCCUGGAACUGCGGACUACAGCUCCCAGGCCUUCCUAAGUCCCUACCACACAGGCUCAAAGCCACAAACCAGUAGGAGGUGGCUGUAUUGUAUCUAUUGUAUUCCUUGGCUGGUGCAUUUUUACAAUUCUCUGGACGUGAAAUUGAGAGUGAAAAGCAUGGCAGAUGAACAAGAAAUCAUGUGCAAAUUGGAAAGCAUUAAAGAGAUCAGGAACAAGACUCUGCAGAUGGAAAAAAUCAAGGCCCGUUUGAAGGCCGAGUUUGAGGCACUGGAGUCAGAAGAGAGGCACCUGAAAGAAUACAAACAGGAGAUGGAUCUCCUGCUACAGGAGAAGAUGGCCCAUGUGGAGGAACUCCGGCUGAUCCAUGCUGACAUCAAUGUGAUGGAAAACACCAUUAAACAGUCAGAAAAUGACUUAAACAAGUUGCUGGAGUCAACCCGGAGGCUUCAUGAUGAGUAUAAGCCGCUGAAAGAACACGUGGAUGCCCUGCGUAUGACAUUGGGAUUGCAAAGGCUUCCUGACUUGUGUGAAGAGGAAGAGAAGCUCUCCUUGGAUUACUUUGAGAAGCAGAAAGCAGAAUGGCAGACAGAACCUCAAGAACCCCCUAUACCUGAAUCCCUUGCUGCUGCGGCUGCUGCUGCCCAACAACUCCAAGUGGCCAGGAAGCAGGACACACGGCAGACAGCCACCUUCAGACAGCAGCCUCCACCUAUGAAGGCCUGCUUGUCAUGUCACCAACAGAUUCAUCGAAAUGCACCUAUAUGCCCUCUUUGCAAAGCCAAGAGUCGGUCACGGAACCCCAAAAAGCCAAAACGGAAGCAAGAUGAAUGAAGAGAAGGUGAAAGGCUAGACCUCUGUUGAUCGUAAACCCUCCCUUUGGCCAGAGUGAUAGAUGUCCUGAUUUUCUAAAAAUUACCCCUUCCUUCCCCUCCCGAGUCUUCUAUUUAAUUUGUUGGGAGAAUAACCCCCUCUCUUUGCUCUUCUUUCUUUCUGUUCUUGGGCUGUCAGUUUCAAGAACAGCUGUGGUUUGGGUGCUAAUGACUGGAUCUCAUGACUCCUCUCCAGCUCACCUCUCAACUACAGUCCUUGUUUGGAGCUGACUGUGGGAUAAAAGGCCCUGAUUAACCUUUCCUUUUGUUCCCGAGGACUGGAACCUAAUGAGCUGCAGGGUGUAAGGACUGGAGGAGGUCCAUUUCCUGCUUUAAGAAAAGGCCUCUAUGAUUUCCUUCCCUGUAUUUUUGCCGUAGGUUCUGAAGGGACAACAACUUUAUUUUUGCUGGACUUCUCAAUGGGCUGAAUGCAUAUAUCUCCCCAAUAUCCAGCUCAUCACUAAAGCCCAGGAGUAAUUUAGACAAGUGUUCUUUCUUAUAGUAAUUUGUGAGGCUCUGGCGCUAUUCUAUAGUUCCAUCCAGGUCUUCCAGUUAUCUUCAUGUUCUUACAUACCAGGCUGGGCAUCUUGAGAUCCCAAGAUCUGGGGGUCUUUCCCUAUACCUUUUUUUUGCUCUUUGCAAAUCAGAAGACAUUCCCCACAAUGAAAUUAGGGAGUCAGACCCAUGCUACAAUCUCACCUAGUUCACUGCCUAAAAUAUGAGGUCUGAUGGCUAUGGUAUAGGAAUUGCCUUGGGCUGAGAAAGCCUGAGCUGACUUUAGCUUUGAAUUUUGUUUAAAAACCACCACUCUAAUAUCUGCUCGAUUGUGUAGCAUUGGGAGGAGAGAAGUGGAUAUAGUGUUACAUGAAUGCCAAUCAUUUCAUACAUCUAAGUGGGUAUGCCUUCGGUUUUCCAUUCUUCCCUCCCUUUGGGUCUGUCUUCCCUAAGAUAGCCUCAGUUAAGGAAGUUAUUGGUCACUCUUUUUCUGUGGGUUGUGUAGGUGACCUUUCUUCCCCACAAAAGGCGUGAAGCUCUUCAAGCCCCACAGCUCACUUCUUUAUCAAAGCUAAGCUUCCUCGUCAUGCUACUCUAAGACCUAUGGGAUGAAAUCAGGGCUGACCAGUGAAAAAGAUGUAGGUGCAGGUUUCUACCCCUGGCUGGGGAGAAGAGGGACAUAUUUAUCCUGUUUUUCUUUAACUUUUGGCUUUGAGUCAUGAUAAUAUGUGUUCCAAACAUAAACCAUUCCUCUGCCUUUUGAAAGUAAAUGUGUUAUGAUAUGAUUUGAUAAAUCCUUUUAAAUAAAUGCUCAUUUGUUGGAAUAAA